AACUUUUCUUCAAAAUUCAGUCUUCGUGCUGUUGAGAUAUCUCUCUGUCGCUCGAAGAAGUGCCGGCGAUUCAUCGGAACUGGUCGGAAUCGGUUACAAUGAGCGACAUUAUAGCCCCGUUGGUGGAUGCUCCGUCAAUCGAAUCGAAGAGCGGAUCCGAUGCGGCCAGAAUCGCCGAGGUGAAGGCGUGGCUCGCCUCUCAGUUCGAAGCAGCGGGCAAAGAAGUGCCUGAAUUCGAGUACAAUUCCCGAAGCAUCGCUCAUCUCUACAAUCUGGCGACGAUUUCCCAAGCCAAGACUCAAGCUGCCAACAUCGUCGCCGCCGAUUUCCGCCAGAAGGCCGCCGAGUAUCGGUCACAAGCUGCUAGGAUGAGGGAGAUAUUGGAGGCUUCCGGGUUAGCGCAAGAGAGUUUGCCAUCAAACAUUGUGGCGUCAGCUCAGGCGCUUGCCAAUGUGGCAAAUCUGCUGAAUAUAAGGGAUACAGAACUUAGUAGUUUUCUCAUAGCGAUGGGGGACAUCUCCUUGAGGAAGACUAGCGUAGAGGAGAAGAGGGCUAAGGUGGAGAAAGAUUCCAAGAUUCUUCUCGAUUACAUCCGUAAGGCAAUAACGAGGCUAUCCGACUUGAAGAGGACACAUGCACAGCUCGAAGAUCAUGUAGCGCCUUGUGAGGUUCAAAUGGACAAAUGGAAAACAAACUUGGCAGUGAUGGCCUCAAAAGAACGUCAAUACAAUCAGCAAUAUGCCAACUACAAGGCUGCACUGAAUCGAGUUGGCUACACCCCAGAGGUAAGCCAUGGUGUGUUGGUAGAAAUGGCAGAGCACCGCAAGGAGUUGGAGAAGAAAACGGAGCCCAUCCUCGACACCCUGAGGAGUUACCAAGAUUUGCCUCCGGACAAAGCUUUGGCUGCUUUGGCUAUCGAGGACAAGAAAAGGCAGUACGCUGCUGCUGAGAAGUAUUUUGAAGACGUGCUGCAUUCGGCCCUUUCUUCAACUGAUUAAUCACAAUGCCAUGCUAUGUUAGGCUUCUCAUCAUCGACAGUUAAAAAUUUGAUGUCAAACUCUUUGUGUUGUGUGAAAUGUUGCAGCAUAAUGUUUUGUAUUUUUAGUGGAAGAAUGUAAAUGAUUAAAAGCAAAGAAUGAAUUGUGUCAAACAAGUACUUUAUUACUUAUAAUGAGCAUUAUUGCAAAA